UUUGGAAGAAAAGAGAUUACAAUCCCAAACGACGGCAGACUUUGCAAGGAUUCUGUACAGGGCAAUUUUCUAUCGCUCCUACCGUUAAAAUAGUUUUGUGUGGAUUAUAUGAAAUACCGAUCAAUCACUCAUCACAGCCUGACACAUUUCAUGUCUCACAAUGGCAGUGCUUAAACUUAAAUUCACCAAAUCCAGAAGGGGUCGAUUGGCUCAAGUCCUUUGGAUUCUCAACUGGGUGUCGGUGGUGACUGGGCUUAUUAUAUUCAGCCUUGGUCUGUUUCUUAAAAUAGAAAUCAAGAAACGGAGUGAACUGAUGGCAAAUGGGGAUAUCCACACAGUUCCCAACUUGCUCAUUGCUGUGGGCAUAAUUGCUUGUGUUAUCAACUUCUUUGGUGGAAAGAUCUGCUAUGACUGUUCAGAUGCAAACAAGUUCUCCAGAUGGAAACUUUUCAUGUUGCCCUACAUCAUCUGCACUUUCUUCUUCACAUUCUGUGUUUUUGCUGGAGCCAUAAUGUGCUAUACCAUGAGGCAUGAGUUAGAGUCUGCCCUGUAUCUUGGCCUUAAGGAUGCACUAAAAUUUUACAAAGACACAGAUAUCCCAGGACGUUGUUUCUUAAAAUCGACCAUUGAUCUACUCCAGAUUGAUUUUCAGUGUUGUGGGAACAAUGGAUUCAGGGACUGGUUUGAGAUCCAGUGGGUGUCUGCGCGUUACCUGGAUAUGAGUUCCAAGGAGAUUAUUGACCGCUUCAAAAGUAAUGUGGAUGGGAAGUUUCUGCUGGAUGGGGUGCCUUUCAGUUGUUGCAAUCCCAACUCUCCUCGUCCGUGCAUUCAGCAUCAGAUCACGAACAACUCUGCUCACUAUAACUAUGAUUACCUGACAGAGGAGCUAAACAUUUGGAUACGGGGCUGUAGAGAGGCUCUUUUGGAAUAUUAUGACCAAAUUAUGCAGUCAAUUGGUCUAACUGUCCUUCUUGUGUGGCUCUUUGAGCUUUCAGUGUUAACUGGUGUACGGUACCUGCAGACGGCAAUGGAAAAUGUUCUGAUCCUAGGUGACCCAGAAAGUGAAUCAGAUGGUUGGUUACUUGAAAACAGCUGUGUAGAAACAGCCAAACACAAUUUUCAAAUCAUCAAGAACCUUGGCAAAGCCAACCAGAUCUCCACUGUGGCUGGGAAGACUGACCCAAAUGUGGACAUCCCAACAGCAGAUUAUGGCCCAGAUAAUGUUCCUCCAAAGUCCAUUCCUACUAUCAGCUGAACUCUGCCACCAUAAUUUUUACUUGGCCAGGAUGAAUGCAGCAAUUACUAAAAAUGACGUUUCAUUUCUCAA